UGUUAAAUGCAGAGAAGAUGAAUUAAGUUUGCAUUUGUUUGAUUUUUGUUGUUCAUUCCAAAUAAUCACAAGGAACUUUAGAGUACCUGAAUUAAAGUAAAUCAGAGACCCAACAGAAAACACAAGAAUAUAAAAUAAUUCUGAGUAAACAAUGACUUGUGUAUAAAUUACUCUUUACCAAAAUACUUUGUUAAUUAACCACCUCUCCCUGAAACACACACCACAAAAGGUUGACUGCUGGAGUGCUUUCUACCUCUAGACCUUUUUGAAGGAGUCUUGGUGGCACAGUAGUUAAAGUGCUUGGCUGCUAACUCAAGGGUUGGUGAUUUGAACCCAUCAGCUGCCCCUUGGAAGAAAGAUCCAUAAGGAUUUACAGACUUUGAAACCCUAUGAAGCAGUUCUACUCUGUCCAACGCUAUGAGCUGGAAUCUACUUGAUGGCAAUGCAUUAGUCCUUUUUGAGAAAAGAAGCCCUGGUGGCACAGUGGUUAAGCGCUCAGCUGUUCAGUGGUUAAGUGCUUUAAGUGCUCAGUUAAGUGGUUAAAGGGCCGCAGUUGGAACCCACCUGCCACCCCAUGGGAGAAAGAUGUGGCAGUCUGCUUCUGUAAAGUUUUACAGCCUUGGAAAUCAUAUAGGCCAGUUCUAUCCUGUCCUAUAGGGUCACUCGGUUGGAAUCGACUCGAGGGGAAUGGGUUUGGUUUGGUUUAGUCCUUUUUGAACAACGGUGAUUAAGCUGUCAUUUUUCAUUCCUUCUUGCCUUCCAUUUGGAAGACCAGGAUUUGAUUCCUGACACUGCACCUCAAGUGCAAUUAACAAGUCUGUCAGUUUGUCAUACCGUGAAGGCAUGCAUGUUGCUAUGAAGCUGGAAGCUAUGCCACGGGUAUUUAAAAUACCAACAGGGUCACCAUGGUGGACAGGACUCAGUGGAGUUCCCAGACUAAGACAGACUAGGAAGAAAAAGGCCUUUGAAAAUCCUGUGUGUCACAAGUCUGAUCCUGUUGUGAAUGGGGUUGUGGGAUGUUUAAAAUAAGACAGCAGGUGGCACAAGUAAAUGAUGGUCUCAUCUUCUAGAAGACUAAACCUUGGAUAACCUCGAAUCCAAAUUGUUGCCCGGAAAAGAGUGAACCUGUACUUAACAUUUCUUCUAUCCCUCACGUUUUUUCCUAUUUUCAACCAUAUUUAAUUUGUGUAGUUCCCACAGCAUGCCCUAGCUAGCUGUGCUCUGCACAACACAGAAAUGUGUUUCCUUGUACGAAAAGAACCAAGUUUUUUCAGCACAGGCCUAGAAUUGAAGGCUUCAAAUCAUCAAAUUAGAACUCUUAAAUUACUGUAUUAAAAGCAAAAAAAAAAAAAUUUUUUUUUAAAGCACUUUUCAUCAUUAAUUGAAACACUGCAUUUAAUAUACUAUACUAUUUUUUAGGAAGUGUCUGAUUUUAAAAUAAGGAAUCAGGAAUACCUGGCUUUCCAUCGGUUCACUAGUCUUCCUCUACUUAAGUCUCUUUUGUCAAAAUGUAGUUACAGUUAAAGCUUAAAAAAAGGAAGAUUUCAGCUCAUUUGCAUUUAUCCUGGGGCACAUUAUCGACAGUUUCAGUCCGGUACAAAACAUGGUUACUCUCCAACUUGGGAGUGGAAUGCAUCUCAGUCUUCUCAGGGUCCUCAUGGUUCCUCUUCUCCAUUUGGAAGAAAGGGUCGCUUUCUUUCCCCUUCCUCAGCGUCCCUCCAGCCAUCUUCUGAUCCCCCUAAGUCCCAGCGUCGUGAACCACUGCGCCGGAGGCGAGGCUCACAGAGAGGUGGCGGAGGGAGGUGCGGGGAGAGGGGUUGGGAUGGGCGUUACGACGCUUCUUUUUAGAAUAGGGGAGAGGGUGCGCGAAGCCCAUUGUAAGCGAAGACCUACAGGAGAAAAGGGGCUCCAGAAAGGGCUCAGAGGGCUCAGGAAGCUGGGGGUGCGUUGACGGGUCUUGCCUACAGGCUCUCCCCGCCUCCACCACCUUUCGCUCAUAGCUGCCUUCCUCUCUCCACCCCGGAGGCCUUUGGUACAUUCCCGUUAACUCGGAGAGCUUAAAAGCGGCCCGGGAGGCUGCACUCUGCACAGUUGGUCUUGAUUUGUGUGCGCUUCGUGUCCGUGGCAAGUCCAAGUCCGCCACGCUGCCGGGGGCUCUUGAUAUCUUUACGAGGGAUUCUUUACAUUUUGGCACUCGAACGUCUGGGGGAUUUGUUUGUGUGUGUACCUGUAGCUGUCUAGCUGGCAGCUAGUGUCCCUCGCCUCGGCUCGUCUGCUCGCUCAGCGCCUCCGCCGCAGCCCACUGAGACGCGCGCGCCGCCAGCUCUGCGCCGGAUGGAGCGGACCGAGGUGCUAAAGCCAAGAACCCUGGCCGAACUGAUCCGCAUCCUACACCAGCUGUUCGCCGGCGACGAAGUCAAUGUGGAGGAAGUGCAGGCCGUCUUGGAAGCCUACGAGAGUGACCCCGCCGAGUGGGCAGUGUAUGCCAAGUUCGACCAGUACAGAUAUACCCGAAAUCUUGUGGAUCAAGGAAAUGGAAAAUUUAAUCUGAUGAUUCUAUGUUGGGGUGAAGGACACGGCAGCAGUAUCCAUGAUCACACCGACUCCCACUGCUUUCUGAAGAUGCUACAGGGAAAUCUAAAGGAGACACUGUUUGCCUGGCCUGACAAAAAGUCCAAUGAGAUGAUCAAGAAGUCUGAAAGAAUCUUGAGGGAAAACCAGUGUGCCUACAUCAACGAUUCCAUUGGCUUACAUCGGGUAGAGAAUAUCAGCCACACGGAACCUGCUGUGAGCCUUCACCUGUACAGUCCACCUUUUGAUACAUGCCAUGCCUUUGAUCAAAGAACAGGACAUAAAAACAAAGUCAUUAUGACAUUUUACAGCAAAUUUGGAAUCAGGACUCCAUUUACAACUUCAGGUUCACUGGAGAACAACUAAGGAGCACCAGACCCUGUGAGGUUUUUAAGGUCUGCUGAACGUUUUGCCUUGAACAGGAAGGCCUCCUAUCAUUUGCUGUCCAGUAAUACACUUAAGUAAGCCAGUACUUAGAUCUACUGUAGGGCAGAUGCUAAUUAGAAGGCAGUAAGUAUGCACAUAGUGUCCUGAGCUACUGCAGAAGAAAAUCUCAUUAAAGAAAAAAGUCUCUGUGAUUUUAAAGACCAAAAUCAGCUGCUCUCCUGAUUUCUAUCCUCUCAUUCCAUUGGAACCAUACUGGGAAUGUCAGUGAGGGUUUUUAUAGGUUUUGGAAACUCUUUGGUCUCUGAACUGUAAUUAGCAGGAACUAAAAACUAGAAACUACAGACCUCAAACAGCCUGCCUUGCUACCUGGAAGACUAAAUGUAGAUGUCUUUAAUAUACUUCGUAUGUUCUUAAUAUUUGAGGAGAAUAUUUUGAAUCUGUGGGUUUUAUUUUUUCAAGCUUAUUUUACAAAUUCCUUUUCUAUGGAUAAUAGAUUGUUGUGGAUAGACAAACUUAAGGCAUUUUGCCAUUUGGUAAUGAAACAAAGUGUAGGGAAUUUAGGAAAGUACUAUUGUCUAAACACAACAAACCAAAAUAAACUCAUGUCUAAUGUAUCCAAUGGUCAGUCAAAGACUUUGUACUGCUACCAAAAUUGCCAAAUAAUUUUAAUAAAACUGGAUUUGAACACAGUUUGACUUGUCUUUCCGAUUAACAUAAGAAUUUCAUGUAAAUCA